AUGAUCUCAUCAGCCUUGGUCUUUAUCAUGAUACCAUCCCUAUCUCUCAUAUAUUCCGGCCUUGGCAAUCGUUCAUUCGCGUUAACACUAUUUCGACUUCCUUUGAUCACGGCGGCUUUCGUUGGCCUUCAGUGGGCACUCUGGGGCUAUCUUGUCACCUUCACCAACUCCAUGCUGCCCUCGAACUGGUGGGGCGGAGAGAACCGAGCUGGUGGACUGCGAGAUGUGGCAGGGCGGCCUGUUGUGGUGGGAGAUGGACCCGACGAGUCUGCCGUUAUUCCAGAGCUGGUGUUUGCGUUAUAUGAGGGUAUGUUUGCUGCAUUCACCGCCGCCGUGGUCUGUGGUGGAACCAUGCACCGAACACGGCCGAGGCGCUUCAUCAUCUUUAUCAGUCUUUGGUCGUUACUUGUCUAUGACCCUGUUGCGAGAUGGACAUGGAGCAGCAAGGGGUGGCUGAGGGAACUUGGGAGUUUGGACUUUGCUGGUGGAACGCCGGUCCAUAUCGUCAGCGGAACGACGGUGGCCGCUUUUGCUGUCUUUUGCUCCAUUGAAUCGAGGGGCAACCUGCUCGACUUCCUCAUCGACGCUGGCCACAAGGUUUGGCGACGAGUUCAACAUCUCGCGUAUGGUGUGUGGAGCAUCCUGAGAAUUGUCAUCUUGUUGUUUACAUGUGGACACCUCAGAGUCCCGGAAGGAGAGGACGCGCCAAACGAGGAGCUAUCAGAACAGGGCGUGGAAAGCUUCCCGUACAAUAUCAACUUCGUUGUGCUUGGAACGGCAUUUCUCUGGUUUGGUUGGGCUGGCUUCAAUGGCGGUUCCGCUUUGGGUGGAAAUUUGCGGGCGGUCUCGGCAUGGACUGCCACCCAUGUCUCGGCUUGUGCUGGCGGUGUCACCGGGAUGCUCUGGAUUUGGCUGAUGAAGGGCGUGCCGGAAACCGAUGUUGAGCUGGAAGGUGGCGAUCCCCGGGACGAAGCUGCCAGAAAUCGUGCUAUGGCAAGACAGGCCUUCGACCGUAUUUCGGUAUUCUUCUUUUGCGAUGGUGCCAUUGCAGGACUGGUGGCGAUCACGCCGGCAGCGGGUUAUGUUCCCGUCUGGAGUGCUCCAGUGUUUGGUGUUGUUGGUGCCCUUUGCGUCAACUUCCUGAAAAAAGAAGCCGAAAUAUUCCUUCGACAUGACCCUUUGCAAAUCUUUGCCGUGCACGCCGGCGGCGGUGUUGUCGGCAUGGUUCUCACUGCUCUUUUUGUCGACACUGCGCAACGUGUGGGCUACCAGCUCGCCGAUGUCUCGGCGGGCAUGGGAUAUACCUUUUUCAUGACACUUGGAAUUUUGUACCUGAUGAAGUUGGUCGCCUUCAUGUUUGGGAAGUCUUCUUGGAGCCAAACAGGGGUGUAUAGCGACUCGAACAGGUUGGAGGACAACUUCCAAGCCGUGGUUCAACAGCAAUGGCGCGGUGAUUUGGAUCCUGAGGGGCGGCCGUUCGGAAGGCUCGUCGCCCCAUCGCUGCCCCCGGCGCCCUCAAGGCCUUUGAGAGAUGAUGAUAUUCACUUGGAGCACCUCAAAAACCUGCCAAGUCCACCGAGGAGUGCGACUUCAGGUGCACAAGUGCCUCCAUGGGGCAUGAUGCCGGAGUUGCCAGGGAGCCAGGGAAUGCCGCCAUGGCCGAGUUUACCGAGUCAGGGAUUGCAGCCGCGCACGUAA